GCCAAGCUGCGAGCCGCUUUGGAGAAUGCUUUGGCCGAGCUUGACAAGGCGCAGGGGCUAGACUACCUUUGGGGCAAGGCAGCAAAGGCAGAGGCCAAGCCCGGCCUUUCGCCAGACACAGCUAGUGACAGACAGAAACAGCAGCAAGCUGAGAACAUGCAAAACCUGCAGCAGAAAGCCAGCCAAGCAGUGGAAAAGCUCGAACUGGAGCCAGCUCUUGGAGUUCUUAAAAAGAGACGGGGAGGCAGACCGCUAGGCAGUAAGCAGAAGACGAAAGCGGUGCCGCAUCUUCGCAAGAGGCGAUGUGAUGUGACAGCCAGAGGCAAGCUUUCCAUGAUGGAAGAGUUAGACAGAGCAGCUGUAACUCACAAAAGCAAAACUGCAGCCAGGCAGCAUGUCAUGAGGCAGUAUGGUGUGAGCGCGUCUUUUUGCUUCAACCUGCAAAAAGACUAUCACAGACAGAAAGUCACUAACUUUCUCGCCAGCACGGGGCGAGGACACAGUGCCAGACAGACAGGCAGCCAUUUGGGUCUCGUGCACCUCGUCAGCAAGUCAACAGGCAGGAGACUGCCUGACCCAGGCAAAGUGCUGGGUAGGCCAGACUUUCUCCUUCCAGUCUGGUCUGAGACCCGUGCUUGGGCCUUGAAUGAGGAAGCCAGCCAGCACGUCCUGACGAACGAAGACGUGCUGAUGGACUUCCAAGAAAGGCUCGACAAAGCCAUUGCAGUCAGGCAGGCAGAAAAGGAAAAGGGUCUUCUUGACCAGACAGGUGAGAAGGAGCUGGCAGCCAUGGUGCAAAAGAAAGACACGCUAGCCAGCAAGCCAAAGCAGAGGAGCAAGUACCAGAUCCAGCUCCUCGCAAAGUGCGGUCUUCGAAACAGAUCCUGCCAACAGACAGCCAACCUGAGCAAGGAGGAUGAGAAAGCCAGGCUAGACUUGUCCUGGCGACUUUGGGACUUGCUUUUGGAACAGGCAGCCAGUCCCACGCCACAGCCGGACUUGCCUGUAGCAAGCCCAGAGCAGUGGACGACAAAGCGAGCAGAGACAGCCAUCACCAUGUCAGAUCAAGUACCUGCUUGGCUCAAGCCAACGCCAGGGAAGGCGUUGACAUCGGUGGUGCGCUUGAAGCUAGCCAGCGAGCAAAGCAAGGCAGCGCAGAACUUCUUUGCGCCAGACAGACAGCCAGUGGGUGUCGUUAUGCCCACGAUACUUGUCACAUACGGCAAACACUGCAGACUUGAAAACAUCAGCCAGGAAGGCACGUGGAUCAAGUCCGAGUGCUUCCAGGUAGGCAGCCAGACAGUCAGGAGAAGGGCAGGCCAGCGAGUGCCAGGACAGGUCAUGCGCACUUGGCGCAAACUGCGACAGACCCAGCCACACCUGUUUGAUGGCAGUGUCAGGGUGUGGUGCCAGCCAGCCGCAGUGGUAGAUAGCGUGAUUUACAGAUGGCAGCUAGAGCUCGAGUCAGAAGAGCACAGCCAGGCAGUGCAGCUCGUCGACAUGUUCGGCGGAGCAUGGACGACGGAGUCCAUGCACGCCGCUGCACUCCUGCAGCGAGCUCAGACAGGCAUUGCAGCCGGGUGCACCGGCUUGACCCAGGUGACAGACAUCGGGUUCGCCCAGCCAGCCAAGGCAGCUCUCAAAAGGUGGCAGGAAGACUUGAAGCAGCGCAUGCGAGAGAAAGCCAGACAGCAAAAGGUGCAGUGCACCUAUAAGACAGGCCCGGCAGACAUUCUGGAGGCAGCUAGACAGAUGCACGCCAGGAUGGUGCAGUUGAAUGAGACAGAGAAGACCGUCCUUCGCUGCAUGCGGCAGGGAGGCUGGUUCCACUUCCGUCCAGACAGUGAAGGCAGGCUUCAGGACUGUGGCAGCCAGGAAUGGUGUCUGGACUUCCCUGAAGGCAAUGCCAAGCUAGGCAGCGACCACCUCAGAGACAGGUCUCGUUGGGUGGACAAGACAGGCAAGGUGCUUCCGUGGACAGAGGCAGACAGCAAGACAUUUGAUGAAUCCAAUGCAUUCGAACCCGAGUCUACGUACCUGCUUGGCCAGACAGACAAGACAGGCAAGGUGCUUCCGUGGACAGAGGCAGACAGCAAGACAUUUGAUGAAUCCAAUGCAUUCGAACCCGAGUCUACGUACCUGCUUGGCCAGACAGACAUACACUUGAGCUUCCGAGCGAAGCCCAAUCUCCUUGCUCAGUCAGAAAGAGAGCUCAGAGAGGUCAUUCUGAGACAGGUCCACCCGAACGAGAGGAGACGGCUUUUCCAGGAACAGGUGGACCAGACAACGAGCCAGACAAAGACAGACAGGCAGCAGAGAAAGGAAAAAAGGAUCAAGAACGCGAAGCAAGACAGAAAGAGGCGCAAACUUUUGAAAGAAUGGAGACAGCAGCAAGCCAGCAAGACAAAGAAGCAGGCUCUGCAGUCUGUCGUGCCCAAAGUGGGCCAGAAAAAGAAGAAGAAGGCAGACAGAAAGAAGCCCAGCCAGGUCAAGAAGCAGCAAAAGAAAGACCAGGCGAAGAAGGCUCAAAGACGGGCAGCCGAGCCAGGCAGUGAGGGACACUUGCAUGGCAAGCAAGCUCGAGUGAUCGGUGACCUGGCUCCGCUGCUGGGCAAGAUCGUGGUGUGUGGAAAGCAGACAGACAGCCAAGUCCUGAUCAAUGCUGACGGAGUUCAUGAAUGGGUCAGCCACACAGACAUUACGCUGGACGUCAGAGACAGACAGUUUCCGCUGGUUUUGGAUUUGGAGUCUUUCCCCAGUGCUGCAGCCAGCGAGGAAGCGGCAGCCAGUGCAAAAGAUUUGCGGCUUUACAAGCACGAAGACCUGCUGACAGACAGCCAGCUCGAAGCUGGCAUCAGGGAGAUGGCAUACCGACUCUCCCAUGGAGCAGAGCCAGCCAGCCUGUGUGUUUUGCGGCCAGCAGAGGCCAAGCAACUUAUCCAGACACAUACACUCAAGGCAGCAGCAAAGACAGCCAUGGACAGCCAGGCUGGUUUGGUCUUGGCAGUCGUGCAAAGCCAGCCUCCGAGACACUGGUCCUUGCUGGUGGUCGAGACAGUCAGAGACAGCCCCGAAGCGAAGGUCAGGUACUAUGACACGUUGCCCGGUGAGGCAGCCUACAAGGAAGCCAGUGCAGUUUUGAAGGUGCUGCUGCAGACAGCCAAGAAACAGGCCCAGCCUUUGCCUGCGCCAGUCAGUCUGCUCAGACAGACAGAUGGCUUCUCGUGCGGCCUCUGGGUCUUGCUGUAUAUGGAGCAGGAGUGGCGGCGGUGGAUGGGUGAGGCCCCGCAGCCACUUGUGAAAGACCUGCCAGCCAGAAGCAGCCAGCUGAACCGCUGGAUUCAGCUGCUGCUGCGAGGCAAAGAGCUAGCCAGACAGAAAGAGAGUCAGCAGCAAGACAGCCAGACAGCAGGAGACACCAUCGUUUUUGGCUGUGCCCACUGCAGUUUUGCUCUGAGUGGCUGCCUUCGCUGCAACAGAACGCAGUUUUUGAAGUAUAUGAGUAACCAGGCACACAAAAAGGCAGAGGAGGCAGCAAAGGCACCCGAGGCCCAGGCCAAGACCAAGGCCAAGGCCAAAGCAAAGGUGAAG